AUGGAAACAUUACAAACGAUUGAUAAUGGUGUAAAGUAUACUCGGGAGGAGACAAUUAUAUUAAAUGUUGGAGGAAUAAAGUAUGAAACAUAUCCAUCGACUUUGACUGCUUUUCCUGAUACUCUCCUUGGUACAAUGUUUCAAGAACGUAAUAGAUCAAUGCUUCAUCCUAGGAAUGGUAACGAAUACUUUAUUGAUAGAAAUGGCUAUGCAUUUCGAUAUAUUCUUGAAUUUUAUCGUAAUGGUAAAAUAUUAUGGAGUGAACGAUCAGAUAAAAACACCGUUUCUGUCACCAGAGAAGAAUUAGAUCAAGAAAUUGAUUAUUUUCAAAUACCUGUUAAAGAUGUUUCAUUAACUUCAGGUGAAAAAACUGUAGCUGCUAAAGUUGAUGCAUUUGUUGCUGCACUCAAGGAAUUGAUCCAUGAAGCAAUGGAUCAACUUCAAACUGAGAUUCACCUGAAAUUUUAUGAAGAUGGUCAACCAGGUCUACAAUAUUGGAGUCCAGCGUACCGACAAAGUGCCAUUGUUGAAAAUAUUUUGAGGCCAUUUAACAUUGUAGGUUAUGUAAUUCUGCAACAGUUUGGCGAUACAAUAGAAAGACAUCUUAAAUCUGAAAUUCCUGAAAUAUCCUGGCUUCUUAAUGAAGGUACUCCUCGAUUUCCACCUGAUCUUCCACCAGACUUUGAUUCUCGUGCUUCAUUUAUUGGUGGUUCAGGUGGUCCUAAUGGAACAAUCGGUCCUCUAAUAAAUAAUAAUCGACCUUCAUUUUCAUCUUUCGCUAUUGGACAAAACUCUAUCAAUAACCAACCAAGUAAUCUUCAAACUAAUCAAAUAAAUAAUAAUAACUCAUCCCAACCAUUAUUUGGAACUUUGGGAAAUUUGAUUGCUCAAAUAAACACCAAUAAUCAACAAAAUAAUAUUUCAUCUAGUGCUGCUACUACUGGACCGGGGAUAGGAUUAAACAUGUUUAGUAGUGUGACCGCUGCACCUUCUUUUAAUCUAUUUGGUAAUACUACUGGAGUAAAUGCGUAUAAUAGAAACCCUAUAUUCCAAUCUAAUGGAUUUGGUACAUUUACAAAUGUUCAAACAACUAUUCCGUCAUUUGGAGCAUUUGGAUUUAAUCAGCCGAUUAUUCAGACUACAAAUGAUAAUAAUAGUUUCGGAUUCAAUUCUCAACAGACUAGCCUACCAUCUUUUGGAAAUAUUACAAGCAUUCAAUCUGGGACAUCUUUUGGAUAUGGAAAUAUACAACCAGCUACAACUGCAACUAGUUUCAGAGUUGCUAUUACCUCGCCAACAUUUAUGACUAAUAAUAAUCAACCAAAUAGAUUUGUUGUUCCAGGUAAGUAA